AAGCUGAUAGGUCGAAGAUCAAAUCACUUUACUUACGAUAUAGUAAAUUAAAGAGGGAGACCUUGUGGCAAGUUCGCCUUUGAUUGUUCUUUCAUACAUUUGUUACGUACUGUGACCGUUGAAUACGAAUUCGUUAACAUCUGGUUUAAGAAAUAUUUUUGAAUAAUAUAUUAUUUUUAUAAUUAAUAGUUUAUUCGAAGUUUAAUCGUAGAAUAUAAGAAUGGCGCCUAAAACAGAAGCAGUACCAAAAGAAAAUUUUCAAAUACCAUCAAGAGGUAUUAAUGCUAUUUUAUUAGGACCACCUGGUAGUGGCAAAGGAACACAGGCUCCUUUAUUUAAAGAGAGAUAUUGCGUUUGUCAUCUCUCUACAGGAGAUAUGUUGAGAGCAGAAAUAAAUUCUGGUUCUUCUCUUGGUAGAGAGGUAAAAAAGAUUGUUGAUGAGGGGAAAUUAGUUAGCGAUGAUCUUGUAGUUAGUAUGAUUGAUUCUAAUUUGGAUAAGCCUGAAUGUAAGCGUGGUUUUCUCUUGGACGGCUUUCCAAGAAGUGUUCCGCAAGCUGAGAAGUUAGAUAUAAUGUUAAAAAAGAGAAAAACCAAACUUGAUGCUGUCGUUGAAUUUGGAAUUGAUGACAGUUUAUUGAUAAAAAGAAUCACUGGUCGUUUGAUACAUCCUGCAAGCGGUAGAUCAUAUCACGAAGAAUUUGCUCCACCAAAAAAACCGAUGACAGACGAUGAAACUGGUGAACCUUUAAUCAAAAGAUCUGAUGAUAACGUAGAUGCUUUAAAAAAACGAUUAGGUGUUUAUCACACUCAAACGCAACCUUUGGUCGAUUAUUAUGCUUUACAAGGUAUUCAUUAUUAUAUCAAUGCAGCGCAGUCAAGCGCAAAAGUUUUUGAAGAUAUUGAUCGCAUAUUUUUGAGAUCUAUUAAUCAAGAUCAGAAAAAAGGUUUCUUCAGUAGAUUCUUUUCAUAGACAUCUUAUUUUAUUAUCACAUGGGAACAGUUAAUAUUCCAGAUAAUAUUAUUUUCUUUCAAGUAAAUAGUAUACUUACAAUUAUCAUGAUAUAUAUUUCAUUUUGGAAUAAAUGGUCUUAUUAAAUAUAUUUAUUUACUUAAUUCAAGAACAGUUUCAGUAAUAAUGUUUCUGAUAUUAUGUAUAUGUGUAGUGUAUUAAUUAAAUAAUAUCACUAAAUAAUCUUGAUAGCAAUAUGUAAAGAAAAAAUGUAAGUAUAAUAUAUUAUAGAUAAAUGAAAUAGAUGAUAAAUAAGGCACUAUAAGAUGUUACGAAUAAGACUUAUGAUUUUGAAGUCACAAGCACACAUAUGUUUUUAUCAGUAAAUAUAGUUAAGAAUAUAUGAAGGUUACUAAAAACGUAGUAUGUAGUAAAGAAUAUUAGAAUGGAACAGAAUAUAUAUGUAUAUAUUUUAAGCAAAGAAAUAUCAGUAGUAUAUAUAUCUUAUAAUAUUUAUAAUUUUAUUUUUAUUACCGUAAUAUUUGUAGUAAAUGAAUUUUUCACUUAUUGUUUUUCACGCAUAUAGAUUUAUUGUUAAGUAUAAUAGUCCUUUGCAUAUCUCGUAUUGUCAUUGUAGAUCUGCAAAAUAUGUAUUUUAGUGGGAAUAAUAGAAUAGAAUUUAUUGAUUAAAUUUUGUCUAUAAAUGAAAAUGUAAUAUCAACAAAAGACAUACUGUUAUUUCCUUAAUCAAGAUCUUUUUAUGUACGCACAUUUGGUAACUUCUAUAUGUGAUCAUGUUUAUAUUAGUAAUAUCUUUUGUUGGCAUUUUCUUUAUACAAAAGUGUGACAUUUGAUUUAAUAUUAAUUAUAUUAAUUAAACAAAUAAAUUAAGAAUGCACACAUCGGGGAGGAUAGGGGGGAGAUGGGCGUGGAUAAGCCUAUAUACUGAACGCAUAACUUUACAAAAGACUAUAGAUAAAAUGUAUCAUAGAUCAAAAUCUAUUUUACAUAAAUGAAAGUAAUUACAAUGUUACUGCCUAUACAUGUUACAUAUUUUGCAAUAUGAAAUUAAAAUGUAAAACUGAAUAAAAUAAAAUUUAUCUUGAAAUGCUAUGAGAAA